UCCUCCUCUCGUCUCCUCUCGUCCUCUUCUCGUCCUCCUCUCGUCCCCUCUCGUCCUCCUCUCGUCCUCCUCUCGUCCUCCUCUCGUCCUCCUCUCACAGCUUUAGAUCUGUUGUUAAAGAUGGAGUCUGAGGGGACCUCUUGUUGAUCAGUGGUUGUCCCUGGUAGUGAAGAUGUGAUCAUGUGUUUGUUGAGGUGGGUAAUGUGCAGACCUGAAGCCGGGUUUGUUUUCAGACUGAUGAGGAUCGCAGGCGUAGUAUCGGGGCAAACCCAUGAGUUAGUUUUUAAAGUCUGUUUGCCUCACCUUCAGAAGUCCAGACGCUCAGGCGUUCAGAGGUCCAGACCUGUGGGCGUUCUGAAUCUCAGGCGUUCAGACAUUUGGGCGUUCAGGCGUUCAGACGCUCAGGCGUAUAGACGUUCGGGCCUUUGGGUGUUCAGGCGUUCAGAAGUUCAGACGCUCAGGCGUUCGGGCGUUCAGACGUUUGGGCGUUCUGAAUCUCAGGCGUUCAGACAUUUGGGCGUUCAGGCGUCCAGAAGUCCAGACGCUCAGGUGUCAGACGUCCAGACGUUUGGGCGUUCAGAAUCUCAGACGCUCAGACGUUUAGACGUUCAGGCGUCCAGAAGUCCAGACGCUCAGGCGUUGGGGCGUUCAGACGUCCAGACGUUUGGGCGUUCUGAAUCUCAGGCGUUCAGACAUUUGGGGGUUCGGGCGUCCAGAAGUCCAGACGCUCAGGCGUUUAGACGUUCAGGCGUUUGGACGUUCAGGCGUUUAGACGUUCAGGCGUUUGGACGUUCAGGAGUCCAGAAGUCCAGACGCUCAGGCAUUCGGGCGUUUAGACGUCCAGACAUUCGGUCGUUCAGUCCCUCAGAUAUUCGGGGAUCUAGAGGUCGUGUUUUUAAAGUUCGUGCUUCAGAGAAUCAUGACGAAGUUUAUCGAGCAUCAUGUGAUCGUCAGAGGAACGUGCGCCAUGAGAGCUCUGAAGCUAUGAAGUUUCAAUGGUGAUCAUUUUAGAGUGUGUGUGUGUGAGUGUGUGUGUGUGUGUGUGUGUGUGUGAGUGUGUGUUUGUGUGUGAGUGUGUGUGUGAGUGUGAGUGGGAUAAAGAUGCGCUUUUCAUUGAAAGCACAGAAUUCUUGAACUCUUAAAGGAACAGUUCAACAUCGAGAUAAAUCUUCUCUGAGAAUCCGGUUGGCUUAGCUUAGCAUAAAGACUGGAAGCAGAUGGAAACAGCUAGCCUAGCCAUGCUAAAUGUAACGGAAUGUCUAGUCAUCAUGCUAAGUUUAACUAGCUGUUUCCACUUGUUAUUAUUCAUGAUGCUAAGCUAAACAAGCUCUAAGUACCUCAGUAA